AUGGCGCGGCCAGGGGAGGGCACCGGGCGUGGCGAGGAGGCCGGACGAGGGCGGCCGCGGGCGUGUGGAGGCGGGAUGACGGGGCGGCGCGCAACAACUGCGGGCGGCAGGGGAGAAUGCGUGCGUGUCACAACAGCGAGCGAGGUGAGGCGUGUGCGGGCAGAGCGGCCUCAGCAGCACGACACACGGGAAGGAAGGAGGAGGCCGGUGCGCGCGGGCAGCAAUGGAGAUGGACGUAGUGACCACAGGGGGUCGGAGACGGCGCAAGUGCAUUCAUUCUACAGGGGAGAGGAGAGGAGUGGAGAACGCGGCUCACAUCGGAGCCGUAGGGAGGUGGCAGCGAGCUCAAGGGAGGCUCGGGGUGGCCGGCGAUGGAGAGGUGGGGCGGGGCGGUCCGGCGAGGGCAGCUCGAGGCGGCGGCGAUCCGAUGACGGGGUCCGGCGCGUCGAGGCGGCGGGCCGCGGUGACGGCGGGACGGAGCAGGUGGCGGGGCGCCGGAUAUGGUGCAGUUUAGCAAUGGCCUCAGCACGUAACAAGCGACCUAGAGCCCCAGCCAUCCUUCUACUAUUGGCAUUGCUGCAGCUCUAUUUGGGUGGUAGCAAAAUCAAUUGUGCAACGCUUCCUGAUAACAACACUGAUGUGCUCUGGCUGCCAACUUUCAGGCAUGGGAUCAGUUCUGAUCCCUCCGGAUGGUUCAGCUCUUGGAACUCUAGCGCUAACCACUGUCUAUGGCGCGUGGUGGUGCUUGAACACUUUGGACUAAACCUGGCCGGCCAAAUCAGCUCCUCCAUUGGGAACCUUACGUUCCUCAGAACCGUGAACCAAUCCACGAAUGGCUUCUCUGGCCGGUUACCUCCUAUGAACCAUCUGCAAAAACUCGAAGUCCUUGACCUGAGCGUCAACCGGUUGCAUGAUAGUAUCUCAGAUGCAAUUAUCAACUGCUCCAGCUUAAGGGAAAUCGAUCUUAAUACAAACUUCCUAGUAGGCGAAAUUCCUCCAAAAGUAGGCCUCCUCUCCAAUCUCUCACUUUUGCGACUUUGCUGGAAUAAUCUCACCGGGAUCAUCCCGCCAAUCCUCGGCAACAUCACAAGCAUACAAAGACUUGGCCUUGCGUACAAUAAUCUAACUGGACGUAUUCCUAAUGAGUUUGGGAAACUGACAAAUGUGUGGAGGUUGAACCUAGGGGGAAAUAGGUUGUUAGUUGGAUUCCCUUGGUUUCUCUUCAAUCUUUCUAAAUCUCUUCAAAUAUUAGGCUUGGAGUCAAAUAUGCUAAACAAUACACUACCACCUACCAUAGGCAACGACCUACCAAAUCUCCAAGAGCUUUACUUGAAUAGCAACAUGUUUGAAGGUCAAAUACCGGCUUCACUAGGCAAUGCUACAUGGCUGCAAACGCUAGAAUUAGGAAAUAACAAUUUCACUGGUGAAAUUACAAGCUCUUUAGGCAAACUUUCAAAACUUCAUUUAUUAUACCUUGGGUUUAACAAUCUUGAAGCUAUUGAAAGCCAAAUCUGGGAAUUCUUUAGCGCGUUAACAAACUGCACUAGUCUCGAAGCACUGUCGCUAUAUGAAAAUCAGCUACAUGGAGCUAUACCGAAUAUGAUAGGUAACUUCUCCCGUAGCCUCACUAAAUUAUAUCUUGGUCGAAACAAUCUUUUGGGGAAGUUGCCCCCAAGCAUAGGGAAUCUUGGAAGCUUGUUUUCUCUAGUACUUGAAGAUAACAAUUUAACAGGUACGAUUGCACAAUGGAUUGGGAAGCUAACACAGUUACAAAUUCUUUCCCUCCAAGCGAACAGCUUCAUUGGGACAUUGCCAUCAUCCCUUGGCCAGCUUACUCAGUUGACAUAUCUCGAUCUAGGAAACAAUAAACUUGGAGGCCCUAUACCACCCGCCUUAGGGAACUUGAAACAACUCUCGCUUUUAGACCUUGGUCAGAACAAUCUUGAGGGUAACAUACCUAUUCAGGUUGGUAGCCUUACAUCACUUUACAAACUAGAUCUUUCGUCAAACAAUCUUACUAGUAAAAUUUACUGA